AUGUCGGUUGCCAACGCCGCCAUUUCCACCACCAAGGCGGUCUUCUGUACUCAGAAGGGUGGUCCGGAGAUCAGAGAUUUGGGACAAGCUGCUGCUCAAGCUCCAGAUCUCGGAGAAGAUGAGGUGCUGAUUCGAAAUGUGGCGGUCGCAUCGAAUCCCAAGGGUGAGCGAGGCGCUGGCGGGCGAUGCCAUCGAGGACAAGCGCGAGAUCUUGUGGCUCAUCAUCGCCUUUCCUGUGGCGCAUCUCCUUUGCAGACUGGAAAGUUGCCCGCUGGGGAAUGUUUGAAG